AUGGAUUGUUAUUUCCACAACAAUGGUAAGAAGAAGGAUCGAGAAACUGACAAACCCAAAUCAAUCAGGAUGGAUCCCGAAUCAGAGAAACUUGAAGAAGAACUAACUGCUCAACUAAAAGAUAUGACACUCGACCCAUUAAAACCUUUUCAUGGAGAAGAUCGGUUUGCCUUAGAAGAAACCGUUACGAAAGACAAUUCAUCAGGAAACGUCUGGCAGCAGCUUUUAUCCUUCCACUUCAUCCUGGAACUGGUCAACACGAUCCCGUUCACAAUCACGUUGUUAUACCCGCCAAUGAGAAAUCUGUUCAUUCCGGUGUUCCUAAAUUGUUGGUUGGCAAAACAUUCAUUGGAAAACAUGUUUAAUGACUUACACCGAGCAAUGCAGAAGUCCCAAUCGGCAUUGAGUCAACAGCUGAUGAUCCUUAGUGCUACGUUACUGUGCCUUGUCUUUACUAGCGUAUGCGGGAUCCAGCACUUCCAGAGAGCGGGGCACAGGCAUUUGAAUCUAUUUCAAAGUACGUACUACGUUGUGGUAACGUUCUCCACAGUGGGCUACGGGGAUUUCGUGCCGGAUAUUUGGCCUUCGCAACUUUACAUGGUCAUUAUGAUCUGCGUGGCUCUCAUAGUCUUACCAACACAGUUCGAACAGUUAGCUUUCACAUGGAUGGAACGACAGAAGCUGGGCGGCUCGUAUUCGUCGCACAGAGCGCAAAGCGAGAAGCACGUGGUAGUUUGCAGUACGACACUGCAAGCCGACACCAUUAUGGACUUUCUAAAUGAGUUUUACGCCCAUCCCUUGUUGCAGGAUUAUUAUGUGGUGCUUUUAUCACCGAUGGAACUCGAUACUACAAUGCGGAUGAUUCUGCAAGUGCCGAUCUGGGCGCAGAGAGUGAUCUAUAUACAAGGCUCGUGCCUGAAAGAUGGUGAUCUCGCGAGGGCCAGGAUGAACGAGGCGGAAGCUUGUUUCGUGCUAGCAGCGAGAAAUUAUGCCGAUAAAACCGCUGCUGAUGAACACACGAUACUCAGAUCAUGGGCGGUAAAAGAUUUCGCGCCCAACGUUCCUCAAUAUGUUCAAAUCUUCCGUCCGGAAAACAAGUUGCACGUGAAGUUCGCGGAGCAUGUGGUGUGUGAGGAUGAAUUUAAAUACGCCCUUUUGGCAAACAAUUGCACGUGUCCCGGCGCAUCGACGUUGGUUACCCUGUUGCUGCACACAUCCAGAGGACAAGAAGGUCAACAGUCGCAGGAAGAAUGGCACAGACUAUAUGGUAAAUGUUCCGGCAACGAGAUUUAUCACAUAAUUCUUGGCGACUCCCGCUUUUUCGGGGAGUACGAGGGAAAAUCCUUCACCUACGCGUCCUUCCACAGUCACCGGAAAUACGGGGUUGCGCUUGUCGCAGUCAGACCGGCGGAACUUCCGGAAUUUUACGAGGACACUAUACUGUUGAAUCCCGGGCCACGACAUAUAAUGAAGAAGACCGACACUUGCUACUACAUGAGCAUCACCAAGGAGGAGAAUUCCGCGUUCGUGGUCGCGAAUAAUCAGGGUAUUGGCGAGGGAACGCAGGUGAUCGUCGAGACAAAGACGGACGCGGCGUCUGCGAAUAACGGGUCGGCAACGAGCACCCCGACGACCAAUGCUAUAACGGCGACCAUGAAUUCUACAGGGGCAACGUCGGCGACGACGACGACGACGACCACCACCACGACGAUAUCGACCAGCUGCACCGGUGGCGGCGACGGGAACGGUACAGCAAUCAGCAACGGUGCCGACGCGCACCAACGAUUUUCCAACAGUUGUAACGUUACGCUGAGCGAAACACCCCGCAGACAGGAGACCUGCACGGGGCCCCGUGCGCAGGACCGAUCAAACGGUCCUCAAGAUCACAGGGCCCCGUUACCACCGCAGGUUAUUUUGCAGGUCCUCCCUAGCACGCCCAUACCAACCCAACACUACAACUUACUCGCAUCCAAUGUCCACCCGACUUAUCUCGAUCCCGGCGGAUUCGGGGAUUCGAGGCAAUGCUUAAAAGAGGGAGGAUCAACGCCACAAACACCCAUCACGGGAAAUCAUCUUGAUGUGCCACGAUCUCUCGAUCCGAAUCCCAAUCUGCUUAGUCCAGAAAUUCUAAUGCAAAGGAGAGGAAGUAGAAGACCAAGUAUUUUACCGGUACCUGAUAUGUUAACGAGCUCGACGUUACACCUACCUGGUCAAGAAUCCUUGGAUCACGAAGCUGAUGAGUCAGAGGAUGAAAUGGAUGAUGACGUUCCUUGGAGAUCGCCAAGCGAGAAGAUCGCCUUCAAAGGGAUCGUCAAGGGAUUUCCGCCAGUUUCACCCUUUAUUGGAGUCUCACCAACCUUGUGUUAUCUUCUCAAAGAAAAGAAGCCUCUCUGUUGCCUUCAGCUGGCUCAGGUGUGCCAGCAUUGCAGCUAUAGAAACGCCAAAGAGUACAAUUGGCAAAAUAAGACCAUUAUAUUGGCAGCGGACUAUGCUAGCAAUGGAAUUUAUAACUUUAUAAUACCAUUGAGGGCACAUUUUAGGUCGAAAACAUCGUUGAAUCCAAUCAUUCUUUUGCUGGAGAGAAAACCGGAAAUCGCAUUUCUUGAUGCAGUAUCAUACUUUCCAUUGGUUUAUUGGAUGCGCGGCUCUAUCGACUGCUUAGAUGAUCUUCUCCGGGCAGGUAUCACCUUGGCGGAAAACGUCGUAGUUGUAAACAAGGAACUCAACAAUUCCGCCGAGGAGGAUACCCUGGCUGAUUGCAACACAAUUGUUGCAGUGCAGACUAUGUUCAAAUUCUUCCCAAGCAUAAAGAGCAUAACAGAAUUGUCCCAGUCAAGCAAUAUGCGUUUUAUGCAGUUCCGGGCACAUGACAAGUACGCUUUGCAUCUCAGCAAAAUGGAAAAGAGAGAAAAGGAAAGAGGAUCUCACAUAUCGUACAUGUUCCGAUUGCCGUUCGCCGCCGGUAGUGUCUUCAGCGCUUCGAUGUUAGAUACUUUGCUUUACCAAGCGUUCGUCAAAGAUUACGUGAUAACAUUCGUAAGACUGUUAUUGGGGGUAGAUCAAGCACCAGGAUCUGGAUUCCUCACGUCGAUGCGUAUAACGAAGGACGACAUGUGGAUAAGAACGUACGGCAGAUUAUAUCAAAAGCUCUGUUCGACCACCUGCGAAAUUCCAAUUGGAAUAUACAGGACGCAAGACACCACCGUGUCCGACUCCUCGCACGGCGACUCAGACGCGGAAAGCGAUGCCGGCGUCGGUGUGACGUACAAGGUGCGUCAUUCGGCGGCAGCUUCGUGCCUUGCAAAUUGCGCCACCCGUGACAAGGGUGCAUCUGCUUAUUCGGUGAGUCUCGGCGACGAGGCGCGCGACAAUCAUGCGCAGCAGAUCGAACGGGCGGAGAUCGCCAACUUGGUGCGCUCGCGGAUGGAGUCGCUGAACCUGCCGGUCGCCGACUACGACGACGUAUCGGAGAAGCGUAACAGCCUCUCUUACGUGAUCAUCAAUCCGAGCUGUGAUCUAAAACUCGAGGAGGGCGACAUCGUCUACCUGGUACGUCCCAGCCCGUUCUCUGCGCAGAAGACCUUCGAGCGGCACAACUCCCGGCGCAAAAGCAACAUCAGCUUCUGUUCGGCGCAGCUGGUAUCGCAGAUGAGCGCAGCGGUCGCGGCAGCGGGUCUUCAGACUGGAGGCCCGGGCAGUCGUCGCGGCUCCGGCAUAGGUCUGGCCAGAGCGCCACCCUUGGGCACGACCAAGUCGAAUUCGCUGUCUCUACCCGACAGCCCUACCGUGGCCGGCACCCUGCGUGGUCGGUCGAACUCGUUGAGAGUGGUCGACGAUAUCCUGCUUCGACGCAGCAACUCCCUACGACAGGGCUUGACGAUGACGACCAGGCGAAAGAGCAGUCUGGAGGACAUCGGUCUCGGCGCGCUUUCACACCCCUCCAACCACAAUCCGAUCAAGAUCGCCUUGAACGGCUCGAUCGGCCUGGAGGUGACACCGCCGGAGGAGGGCGGCUCGCAGGCCGGUGGAGGCGCCAGCAAUACCGGCAUCCUCGACGUCGGUCUGCCCUCCAUGCCGGAACUCAACGCGGCCUUGGGACCCAGUCAUCUCGGCGCGGGUCUCGGCGGCUCCUUAGGCGGUCUUUACGACCCACCCUCUCUGCAGGGCCCGAUGGGCUCGCCCUGCCAAUCGUCGCAGUUGCAGGGUACUACACAAGAUCCGCAGCACAUACAAGGGACGAUAGUAUGAUAUAACCUAAUGUGGGGACGCAGGCUCUCCGGCGUGGCACGAAAUAAGUGGCUGUAGCGUUCCCACAUGACGUUUAAUGUCGGGCGAUAUCACGAAUGAACAGCAAUCGUAACGGAUCGAUCGAGGAUAUUCCGAACGAUGUAUUUCGUGGGGCUGACCAAGCCGGAUGGAUGAGACGGCUGGAGAGCAAGGUGUUUUGAUUAAAUUGAACAUAUCGGACUGACGACUAUUGCGAGUGUCGGAAGAUAUUCUGCAAUAGGUAAAGUAAGUUGGGAUGAGAUUAUUUCGACACAUAUUGGACUUAAGGCUGAGACACAAGAUUUUUGCAUAACGCUGCAUAACGUAAGACAUAAGAGAAUCAAUCAAUCAGCGUAUGAAAUGAAGGACUCUGAUUGGUUGAUUUUCUUUAUGUCUUAUGCAGCGUUAUGCAAAAGUCUGUGACCCUUAAUUUUGACUUGUUAGAAUUUAUUUCUACAUUAUAGUUUUCAUAGUAGAGUCCUCAAAUGUAAUUACAUGAAUUUAACAAUUUUUAUUGCAAGUUAAUAACUUACAAAUUAUUAAUACAUGAAUUUAUCGUUAUUAAUACU